GAGGGCCAGCGGGGCGCCCUGCUCUACGUGCCUGCCACCUACAGCCCGGGAGCGCCGACGCCGCUCAUCCUCUCUCUGCACGGCGCCGGCGGCGACGCCCAGGGUGGCCUGAGCCACCUGGUCGGCCACGCCGACGCAUUUGGCUGCCUCCUGCUCAGCCCCCAGAGCAAGGGAAGCACCUGGGACAUGCUGAGGGGCGGGUACGGCCCAGAUGUGGCCUUCAUCAACAAAGCCCUCCAGCAAACCUUUGACCAGUACAGCGUGGACCCACGCCGCAUCUGCGCCAGCGGCUUCAGCGACGGCGCCAGCUACGCGCUGUCGCUAGGCGUGGCCAACGGCGACCUGCUCACGCACAUGGCCGCCUUCAGCCCCGGAUUCAUGCGCCCGCCCGCCACAGUGGGCAGGCCCCUGGUCUACAUCUCCCACGGCCAGCACGACCGCGUGCUGAGGAUUGCCUACUGCUCGCGCCGCCUGGUGCCCCACCUGGAGGCUGCCGGCUAUGCGGUGGUGUACAGCGAGUUUGAUGGGCCGCACACGGUGCCGCCCAGCAUUGCCAAGGAGGCGCUGGGCUGGUUU